CUCUGAGUUACGCUGAGAUUGUUGUGUAGCUAGUGCUAAACCAAAUUCUCUGUGGCAGCAGAUAAUGCCUUUAACAUUGUUCUUGCGAAUACAUGCUCCUAAUACCUUUUUACACUCAUCUACAGACCAAGUCUUGUCUGGAUGGAUCUCAUAUUUCUGAGUUAGUUUUUUUCUAACUUUCUCAGUGAUUAUUAGGUUCAUUUGUUCCCCUAACAGUGUUUUGAAUUCACUAUCUGACCACAAUGGAGUCGCAAGACCAUCCUUUUCUGUUGUUGGAAUCAGCCUAGUAUUCCUUCUAACCAUUUUGUGAGUUUCUUUGUUACCACACAAUCAAAAAACACUAAAACUUAUCUGAUCAACAGAGGGUACACUUGUUAACACAGCUUAACUAUUGUUAACUUUCCAAAUUACCAACACUUCACACUUAACUUCCCUGCCUACAAGAACAGAGGAUAAACCAAAAUUAUUAGCAUGAAAUGCUAACCUUCUCUGUGAAAAGAGGAUAAACCAAAUUUUAGCAUGUAUGCUAACCUUCUCUGCCUGAACAGAGGAUAACCAAUUCUUCCCUGCCUAAAACAGAGGGUAACACAAUAUUAGCACGUUAUGCUAAAUCUUCCCUGCCUGAAAACAGAGGGUAAUCUUCAUCUCUAAAAGUACAUUUUUAGAGGAUAAUUUAGUUAACCAAACCCUACAGCUGUCUGUUAACUCUUCUCUGACGGCGCAGAGGAUAAACAAAUUUGUACUGGUCUUAAAGGUUCUUUUGGAUUAGAGACAGCACUCACCACAACCUUGGUUGAGAGAAAAAUUCAGUCUGGAAAUCUUUGUUCAGCUAGAAGUUUUCGCUGGAUUCCAAAAGAUGCAGUCUGGAAGCAGAUCUUUGUUUGAGCUUGAAGUUUUCAAUCUGGAUUCAGGUGAGGAAGCUGGAACUCUAUCCGGGUCACGGCACCAUCUGUUGUGAACUUUUAUCUUCUACGAAGCAGAGACCAGGAGACGUUGGGAUAUCUUUCAUCCAGAAGUUACUCUUUAUUGAGAACUCGCUGCGCGUCGCUGUAGUCAUCCAAGUCUAACUAAAGCAGUGAUACAUUGUAGUUUUAAAUACAUUUUAGGGGGCAGUGCUUAGGAAUGGAGACCAAGCACCUGGGUGACAACUUUAAACAAAGCAUGCAAAUGAGAAAGACAGACCCAAUCAACAACACUCGAUUGCAUUGAUAAUCCAAUCAGUCUAACGAUUCAUGUCUGGGCCAGGGGGCUCCGAAAGCCAUUUGCAGAACAAAAGAUUCGAGUCUGGCUCAUUUGGCUCAUUUCACUUACAAUAGGAGAACAGGAACUGGCAGGGACCUCUUGCAUCUGAUGUAGUGAUCUGACUCAUGUCACCAUUUUUCACCUUAAAUGCUAAAUACAAGCUCUGAUCGAUUGCAGUCACUGAUCAACAGUCACAUAAUUAUGGAUCAAGAUACAGACGAUGAUUUCAUGGACACCUCUCCAGAACCAUAUGGAGAUUCAGAUUGUGUCAAUCCCCCGGUCACAAGUAAAUAUACAGAUGACGCCAUGGACAAUAAUCAUGUAACAAAUCAAGAUCCAGAUACCGUCAUGGGCAAACCUCCAGUGAAACAUGAUGAAAAACAUACAGAAAACCUAAACAAAGACAAUUAUCGCCCAGUUGAGACCGAUUCAACCGCAAAAGCAGAAUUUAAGAUGCAACUAACUUCCACUGAAGAAGUUGGAGAAUACAAGGACAAUGUGGAGCCAGUGGAAGAAGGGUGUAACCCAAAACCUGAUGAUGCAGAAACAGAAGCAAGCAUCAUUGACACUAAUGACCUGCCUUUGAGAAUGGCCCAAACUGACAAAGGAGACAAACAAAAGCUUGAUGCAGGGCAAUUCCUUGAGAAGAUUCUUCCUGAAGGCAAAUACCAAAUACAAAGCACUGUAGAUUUCCUCAAGCCAGUUAAACAAUCACAGUCCCAAGAGUCUUGUGGAGAGGAAGAGGUGGCUUCAGUUUUUCUACAAAAAUUGAUGAUGAUGGACUACAAAGCAAGAUGCCUGCAGAUUAUAGAGAAUAAUGAACAACAUCAAACACAACAAAGGAACUACGACUCAUCUGAAGAUGAUGGUGAUGCCUUUCUUAAUAUUUAUGGAGAAACUGCUAAACCCGCUGAUGAAACAGAUGCAGUCCACCUAAUGGAUGUUCAGAUGGCUGUGUUUCAUUGUGCUGAUAGUUUCCUAAAGCAGCUCAUGGUGACUAAACUCUCACAGUGUCAGUAUGCUCUGCCUCUGCUUGUACCUAAUCCAUCCACACAACAGAUUGAGUUCCCACUGUGGACAUUUCAACAAAUCAAAAAGACAUGGAAGACAAUUGAUCAUAGAGGUAACAUAUCUAGCAAAUGUCAGCCCGUCUACAAAGCAGAAACUCCAAUGGUGGCUUUCUUUAGGUUUGGUCCUGCAUCCUCAUCCAAGUCUCAACUGAUGAACAGCCUGAUCAAUGAGAAACACAACACAUUCUUCCACAGGAACUGCCCAGGCAGCAGCAGAACCAGAGUAUUGAUGGAUGGAGUGGUGGAGAUCGCCUGGUACUGUCCAUCUGGAGAGAAAACAGACAGAUUUGCUGAUUGUGUUGCAUUCUGUAACCUCCGUGGUGAUGCAGGAGCCCAUGAAACACAGCUGGAUAUAAUAUCUAAGAUGGCUUCUGUAAAUGUUGCUGUUUUACCACAGCUUAACAGGAAUGACAAAAGUAUGACCAGGAUCCAAAACUUCUACAAGGGCUCGAAGCCACUCAUCUGCCUUCGUACUGAUAGUGAUUCAGCUUUGGCAGAAAUGCGGGAAGGGAAAUACAAAAUCGGUUUGAAAGGCAGAAAUUAGUCAGUAAUAUUUGAAGAAAUCCGAAGAGCUAUAAAUAAUGGGCUCUUGUCUACUGAAUCAAGUUCCUUCUUUAAGCUUGAAGAUGUGUCCAAAUACAACGAUAUCAGAGUGGAUGAGGUCGAAGAUGAUGACUGCAGGAAAGGAAAAGAGGCAGCACAGCAGAUGAUGAGUCUACUAAAGGAUAAAGAUCUGACUAAAAUCAAAGAAUUAUUCCUGCCAUGUCAGGGAAACCUGUGGCAUCAGUGGUGCAAGAAAAAUAAAGAACUACAUCAACCAACGUUAGGAGAACUACAUAAGGGAAGCAACAUAGAAAAGAACAAAAGUUCUAAGCAAUCAGAAUUGCAGAAAAUCCGUGAACAGCAACAAACAUCAGACCUAAGUCAGUUUAUCAAAAUCUUUAUUCAAAAACUGAAUUCACAGGCAGGAAAAGAGAUGACAUAUUUUCUGAAAUGGCUGGGCAUCCUGCUGGAUGACUACACCAGUGAAUGUCUUUCAGCCCUUCUUCAUGAGUAUGAUGAAAUGUGGUCAAUUGUCUUAAAACUUAAAAAGAAUCCUGAUAAAUCACAGCAAAUGACUGCUGCGCAAGUCGAACUUGAGAGAGUAUCUGCGAAACUGCAAGCUGCAACCUUUGGCUUGGAGCACAUACUGAGAGAGAUCGGUCAGAUAUAUGAAUCAUGUUCAUCCGUGAAGAAAAACAAAAAAGACCUCAAGUUUAACUUCUCCUCUCUUCCAAGUCUUGCGGCAGAGAUGAUGAUCUCUGGAUUUCCACUGGAGCUGAUGGAUGGAGAUGCUGCCCAUGUUCCUCUGAUCUGGGUUACUGCUGUUCUUGAUGCACUCAUCCAGAAACUGGGAGACAAGAGAGUCUAUGUGUUGUCAGUUUUAGGGAUUCAGAGCUCUGGGAAAUCCACCAUGCUGAAUGCCAUGUUUGGGCUGCAGUUUGCCGUCAGUGCUGGCAGGUGCACCAGAGGAGCUUUCAUGCAGCUGGUCAGAGUGUCGAAGGAGAUGAAAGCACAGCUGAAGUUUGACUACAUUCUAGUUGUUGAUACUGAAGGACUUCGUGCUCUAGAACUGGCCGGAAGGUCAACAAGAAAUCAUGACAAUGAAAUGGCCACAUUUGUUGUUGGUCUUGGAAACAUGACAUUGAUCAACAUCUUUGGAGAAAACACAGCUGAGAUGCAGGACAUUCUUCAGAUUGUUGUUCAGGCCUUUAUGAGGAUGAAGAAGAUCAAACUGAAUCCAAGCUGCAUGUUUGUGCAUCAGAAUGUUUCAGAUGUUACAGCUGGAGAGAAAAACAUGGAGGGAAGGAGACGACUGCAGGAGAAACUGGAUGAUAUGACAAAACUCGCUGCUAAAGAGGAAGACUGUGAUACAGAGUUUUUCAGUGAUGUCAUUGCAUUUGACAUUCAGAAGGAUGUGAAGUAUUUUGCUCAGCUCUGGGAAGGCAGCCCACCAAUGGCACCACCGAACCCUGACUACAGCAGAAAUAUUCAGGAGCUGAAGGACACCAUUCUCUCAAAAGCUUCCAAAUCUAACGGUAUUACGCUGUCUCAGUUCAGAAUGCGUAUUAAUGAUCUGUGGAAUGCACUUCUGAAUGAAAACUUUGUGUUCAGCUUCAAAAACACACUUGAGAUUGCAGUAUACAGAAAACUGGAAACUAUGUAUAGUGAUUGGACGUGGAGCCUCAGAAGUGCCAUGAUGACCAUUGAAGACAAAUUCUACAACAGAAUUGCUAAUGGAAUCAUUAAGGUUCAGGAAAAUGACUUGUUGACUGAAAUGAGAAAGACAAAAGAGCAGGUAGAAAAAUCAAUGAUGUCCUACUUUGAGGAGGACAAAGACAAAGACAUUCUGUGUCAGUGGCGAGGAAGAUUUGAAACCAGAAUCAAAGAUCUUCAUGAUGACCUUGUGAAGGGAACAAAACGAAAGUUAGAUGAAGCGAUAGAACAGAAAAAAGCCAGAGAGAAGCUAGAUCAAAGAAGGACAGAGUAUGAAAACAAGCUUUUCAGUCGGAGCAAGGAACUAGCUUUGAGCUUGAAAAAUACAGGAACUAAUGAAAAUAUGCUGAACAAGGAGUUUGAAACAAUGUGGAGUAAAUGGGUCACCGAAAUGACCAAAGAUACACCUCCACUGAGAGACAUUAACUUUUGGGAGGAUGUGACACGGAUAUUGUCUGACAACCAUGAACUGUCUCUUGUAGAUGAGCGUAUAAAUCAGAAAGACUAUGAACUGAUAGACCGCCGGAGUGAUUAUUGUGACUACAUGAUACUAAAGAAGCAUCUGGAGCGUUCUGAUGACACUGUAUCAGAGGAAGCUGCCGAGAGCUCUAAGAAAAGUAAGAGUGGGAUUUUGAAGCGGUUUGGUCAAAUAAUUACGUCAGGCAUAGAAUAUUUCAUAGAGAUUCCAAAGCCACAAGAGAACAUGAACCUAAAUGCUGAAUGUCAUUUCUCAAUAAGGGCUAUGAUUCAGAAAAUUAUUUUGGAAACUGAAACAAUAAUGAAGAAGUCACCAGUUGGAACACGAGGUUACAAUGACUGUUUUGUUCGGGAAAUAACAGACUGUGUAAAAAAGUCAGUACAGAAUCAAUCCACAAGCCAAAAAUACACAUUGAAAAAGGAGUUUACCAUAGAUCUCAGUCUCCAUGUGUGUGACAUUGCAAGAUGUAGAUUUACUGAACUCCACAAAAAAUUCAGAGAAGCAAAUGACCCAAGAAUUUAUCUUCAGAAACAGAAAACUCAAUAUUGGAGCAUCUUCGAGAAAUACUACAGAGGAGCAACAACAACAACCAUACUGAGUGAAUUCAUCUGCAGCAAACUUGAGCAAUCCAUCCUACAAGCUGUUUACAACAAAACUGCUAUUGAUUUAGCCACACAGAUGAGGUCCGACAUAAAAUCAUUACGUGAAAACAGACCAAAUCUGGAGAAACACAUUCUAAGAUCCCUUGCAGAAAAGGAGGAUUUUUGGCAGUACAUAGAAUACAUUCAUAAUCCAGGAAGACACUUUAAACAAUUCAUAAAGAAUGAAGUGAAAAGCUACUUCACCAAACAAAACAAAAUGAUUCUAAACAUUUUCAAAGGAAAUCUAAAACAAAAAGAGCAGAUUAUAAGUAAUGCCGUGAAAGCAGCUACAGUGGAGGCCAAGACCUAUAGUGGAGACGGCAACAUGUGGUUCAGAUGCUUCACCAUAGCCCUGACAGAUGAACUGACAGAGAAUUCAUGUGGCAACCUUAGUGAAAUUAAAGACUUGGAUUUUCUUGAGAAUGUUUUAAGUGACAGUCUGAAGGAUAGGAUGACAAUGCUACAGGACAGUUUUACAAGCAUUGAUAACAUAAAAAUGGAAAACUGCAGGAAAAGACCAGAUGAGAUUUUGAUUGAGCACUUCUGUCAGUGUUGCUGGGUUCAGUGUCCUUUCUGUAAAGCCAUCUGCACCAACACAGUGGAAGGCCAUCCUGGAGAUCACUGCAUUCCUUUCCACCGCAAUAUUGGACUGAAUGGAUGGUUUUACAGAGGAACAACAAAUUUGUCUAUUGAAAUCUGUACAACAGCAGUAGCGAGUGAUCAGUCCUUUUACCCAAAUUCCUCAUUUUAUAGUGUCCCUUGGAAAGAAUACAGAAAAGGAGGUCAUGAAUAUGCUAAGUGGAGCAUCACCCCCGACCACUCUGAGCUGCCGUACUGGAAGUGGUUUGUGUGCAGAUUCCAGAAAGAUCUGGAAAUGUACUACAGUAAGACAUUCCAAGGAUAUGGAGAGAUUCCAGAUGAAUGGAAAAAGUACACAAUAAAGGAAGCUCUGGAGAGUUUGGAUAAAUACAUGUAAUGGAAAAGUUACAAAUGUUACAAAUGGCACUCUGUCAGCUCCCUGUUUUUAGAUGAUAUAUUGAUAUCUUGUUUCACACAGUAAUGAUUCUGAACAGGUUGAUGCAGCACAUUGUUUUGCGUAGGAGAUUUGUUUCUGGGAAUGUUUAUAUGAAUGCUGUUAUAUUUUGUUGUGAAGGCUGCUGAGCUUUUUAUUUACUGUACAUGUGUUGAUCAGUAGGCUACUAUCAAAAAAAAUUGAGAGACAAACACAUGACUGUUAAAGCUAGAGGGAAAUGUUUAAUUAAUUGUUUUGUUUUACCAGAGAUAAAAACACACAAUGAUUUCCUAAUUGCUAAUCAUUUUAAUAGCUUGAAGGCACUUGUUGCAUAUACAUAUUACAAUAUUUUUUUAUUUGUACUCAUGGUUAUGAUGGUUAUGGCAUAUUGUGAUGUAAAUUCUGAAUAAA